CGCAUGUUAGUGAGGCGCGCUGUCAACAUCAGGGGCUGUUCCGAGCAGGCAUCCGGUGGCAAUUCACACAGACCUGACUGAAGUGGAAGAGAAAGAUACAAAGCUACACGUGAAACAAUACAGCUUUCCUGUACUGCACAGCGAUACACCACUGCGACACCUGUGGUUCCCAGUUGCCUGUUCUCACGGGAACACCCCCUCCUGCCCAUGAGCAGAGGACAUGCCGGGCCUGCGGAACCGCUCCACGUGGGGCCCCCUGCUGCUCAAAUCCUCAUGUGUGAAGUCCUGCGCCAAUGGCUGCUCCCUGGGCAUCACCGCCCACCUCACCUACGCCAACACGGACUCGGAGCCCGUGGAAGGCGUGUUUGUGUACCCCCUGGGGGAGAAGGAAGUGGUGGUGGGCUUUGAGGCGGUCAUCGCCGGCAGGAUCGUGAGCGUGCAGAUUCAGAGCCGGGGGAAGAUAGAGGACUGCUGCCUGGACUGCUGCGGCAGUUCCAGCCUGGACAUGCAGUGCCCGGCCGGCAAGGACUGGGGCUGCUGUGGGAGCAGCAGCUUGGACAUGCAGUGCACCAACGGACACCUCAUCCUGGAUGAAGACCUGGAGCGUACCACUUUUAUUGUUGGCACGGGUGUCAUAGGCCCGAUGGAAGUAGUCACCAUCAUCAUUAGCACCACCACAGAGCUCCCCACACUGGAGAAUGGAGCGAUCCGCCUGGUCUAUCCUACCGUGCUCACACCCAUCGUGAGAGGCAGGGUGGUUCGAAACAAGAGUGAGAGCGGGGGAAGGUGGGACGAAAAUAGUCCCACUAGCUGUUUUGGGGGAGCCUCUGGUAAACAGGAAAGAACUCUGGGCUCCCCCCAGCACUGUGCCCAUGGUAUCUUCACCAGCCCAGCGGCCAGUCACAUGCCUUACGAGUUCAGCUUCCAGCUGCUGGUGAGGGGAGCCUGUCUACUGGCAGGUCUGGAGAGCCCCACCCACGCCCUGCGGGCGGAUGCAGACCCAAGUGCCCAGUCCGCCUCUGCCACCUAUAUCACCCUGGCAGAGGAGCACCCGUACGACCGGCACCUGGAGAUCAUACUGCACCUGAGUGAACCGCACAGUCCUCUCAUCAUCCUGGAGAGGGGCCGGCUCACCUUCCAGGAGUAUGAGCAGCAGAUCUGUGCCCGCCGCGAUUUCAUUCGCUGUGCAAGGAAAGAGGCGGAGCCUGAGAAGAAGCUGGAGUUUGUGCGGAAGCGAUUCCACAAAGACAUCCUGUGCAACCCGGUGCUGAUGCUGAACUUCUGCCCGGACCUGCUGAGCGAGCCGGCCGAGCUGCACAGGGCCACCCGGGAGCUGCUCUUCCUCAUCGACCGCAGCGGGAGCAUGAGCGGCACCAACAUCGACAAGAUCAAGGAGAGUAUGGUGGUGGCCAUUAAGAGUCUGCCGCCUGGAACGCUUCUCAACAUUGUUGGGUUUGGCUCCACCUCCAAGACCCUCUUUACUACCAGCAAGCUCUGCACUGACGACACCCUAGCGCUGGCCUGCGAGUACAUCCAGAAGAUGAGGGCCGACAUGGGGGGCACCAACCUCCUGGGUGCCCUUUCCUGGGUGUACCAGCAGCCUGUGCACCGCGGCUGCCCGCGCCAGGUGUUCCUCAUCACAGACGGCACGGUCAGCAGUGUGGGCAAGGUGCUGGAGCUGGUGCGGAGGAACGCCUGUUCAGCCAGGUGUUUCGGGCUCGGGCUGGGCCCUCUGGCCUGCAGGCGUCUGCUGCAGGGGGUUGCCAAGGUGACAGGAGGUAACACAGAGUUCCUGGGUGAGGAAGAGAGGCUGCAACCCAAGCUGAUCAAAUCCUUGAAGAAGGCCUUUGAACCCGUGCUCACAGAUGUGCGCAUUGACUGGUAUGUGCCUGACAACUUGGAGGCUCUCCUCUCGCCCAGUGAAAUCCCUCCACUCUACCCUGGAAACUGUCUGAUUGGCUACUGCACUCUCUAUGAUGUAUCUGCCUUCCAAUCUAAGAAAAAUGAGACAAGGGGCCGCACCAACAAGGGCCCGUCCCGGGGCUCGGUGGGCUCCGUGUUCGGGCACUCCCAGGACGAGCUCUUCGUGUCUGACCCCCUCCAACCGCUGCUCGCGUCCUCCGACCAAGGCGACAUCGAGGAGGCGGUCCGAGAGAUAUCCCGCGAGAUCUCGUCCGAGUUCUCCUGCGCCAGGCCUGUCGAAACCAGCAGCAGCACAGGGGGCGAGGGCGAGCCGCCCAGCGACGUGCGGCGCAGGAUCGAGCGGGCCUCGUACGUGCAGGAGCAGUACCACCUGACCCGCUGCUCGGUCAGCAGCGAGCGGGGCCUGCCCCAGGGCUCCUCCAGCUCCGACAGCACCGGCCCCGCCCCGCUGGACACGGGCUCCCUGCCCCAGGGCCUGGAGAGGAUGGCCCCGCCCGAGCAGAGGAGGCUGUCGCGCUGGGAGUCGCCGUGGCAGCAGGCCGCCGCGUCCGACAGCACCGAGGCGGAGCUGGGAAGGGCGGGAAGGUCGACGGGCGAGGCGGAGUCCCGGCGGAGGCAGAAGACGCUGGCCCGCUCGGCCAUGUCGGGCCGCAGCUUCUCGUCCCCGCAGGGAGAGCUGGACAUGCACCGGCUGCGACGCGCACUGGAGAAGGUGUCCUUCCACCAGGCGCUGGGCGGGAGGCUGGACGAGAGCGACGGAGAGGCGCAGCCCACCCCCCGCGGGGCCCUGUCCCGCAGGAGCCUCACUGACUCCAAUGGCCUGCUGUUCCCCGCCUCUCCGCUGGACUGGGACGGCUUCACCGACCCCGAGUACCUGUUCUCCGCCGCCCCGCCCGACGAGCCCCGCCCGCCCCCUGCCCUGUGCCGCUCCGUCAUCCACGGGACGCUGGCCGGGAAGCCCGUGUCCUGGGAGGUGACGGUGGACCUGUCGCCGCUCUGGGCACCCGAGGGCCCCCCCGCCAGACCGGAGGGCUGGGAGGAGAUCGUGCACCAGCUGACCGCCCGCUCCGUCACACGGGACUUCGAGAACCUGGCGGAGAAGGAGUCGGACAUCGAGCACGGACCGGCUAAGAGGUACCGCAUGAAAGCCAUUCAGACCAGCAAGGGCUGCAACACCAUCUGCAUGUACACCGCCUUCGCCGCUGUCGACGCCAACACCAACGAGGGCGUGGCGGGCUCCGUGGAAGUGCGCAACAUGGGGGUGCGGUUCGCCACCAGGCGGAGCUCCCACUCUGGCAGCCGCAGGCAGAGGACGUACUCCAUGGGACUGGGGCGCAGGCCGUCCAGCCGGGACUCGGAAGAAUUCGAGGACACCUUCACGUCCACAGACCGGGACGACACCCCAGCCUCCCCCUGCAGCCUGACAUCCUGGGACAGCAGCACAGGGGGCAGCUGGUACCCCGCCAGCCCAUCGGCCACAUCCAUGCGAUCGCAGCGGUCUUUGGAGAGCCGGUCAGUGGAGACGUUCUUCGGCUCCAGGUUCAGUAUGGGCAAGCUCAGAGCCUCCAACUGCACAGGAAAGCAGGCACCGCUGAAACCUCACUGCCUGUCAGCCGAGACGGAGAAAAACCCAGACUCCGAAAGCAUCGACUACCUGCCUCUGGUGCAUCUCCAGCUGGCCUCUGGUGCCUUCCUGCUGACGGAGCUGUACUCCGAGUGCCUUCAGAUUCCCCUGGAGCGGCUGAAGAGGGCGUCGCCCUACACCAGCCACCGGAGCAGCCUCAGCCCCCCCUACCGCUGCAGCUCCCCCCCCCUUAUCCCUACCCCCACCCCUACUCCCACCCAUACCCACACCAGGCCCCCCAGCACCCCUCACACCCCCACCCUAACCCACACCAAGCCCCAAACCUCCCCCCACACCCACACCCCCACCCCCACUCACACCAAACCCCCCAACUCCCCCCACACCCCCGCCUCCUCAAAGCCCUCCAGCACCCGCGGCCAGGAGCCAGAGGUGGGUGCCACCCCCGCAGAGGCCCGGCCCCCCCGCGGCCGCCCCUGGGAGCGGGACCCCUUCUCCCCGCCCCACACGCCGAGCUCCGAGGAGGCGUCCCUGGAACAGGGCGGGGGGCCGCCGCAGGCCGACAGCGGGCGCGGCUCCGAGACGGACGCGUGCGAGGGCUCCCCAGUGGAGCUGCCGGACCCUGCCGGGGAGCGCCUGGCCCUGCGGGACUUGGAGGGCACCACCUGGGCCACGGCCGUGGCGCUGGCCUGGCUGGAGCACCGCUGCGCCGGCUACUUCGUGGAGUGGGAGCUGGUGGCCGCCAAGGCCGACUUCUGGCUACGCGGGCAGAGGCUGCCCGAGGGCGUGGACCUGGCCAGCCUGAAGGGGGCAGCGCGCCAGCUCUUCCUGCUGCUGCGCCACUGGGACGAGAACAUCAAGCUCAACAUGCUCUGCUACAACCCCAACAACAUGUGAGCCUCCAGCCUUCGCCACACCAGGCCCGGCCCUGCCAAUCACUGAGGAACAGCAGCCAAUCAGAGUUACUGUGCAAGUUUUUGGAGGGAAAAACCACACAUGAACAUUCAAGACACUUUGAGAAGAAGAAUGCAUAGACAGGGGCUGUGAGACAGCAUGGUAUUGAUUUUGAGAGGGACAGGCAGCCAUGUUGACUGACCAAAAAGCAAGGAGGGAUUUUUGCAACAGGAGAGGUAUUCGCACUACAACUGGCCAAAAUGGAGACAGCAGUUUGUCUCAGGAAGUCUGCGGUACCCUUUUCAGUUCCGAAUUUGACUCGGUUCCAUGUGUCUGAUCCUAAGGUGGUUCUGAAAUGAGGCACCACUUGCUUUCAUUUUCUUCACAGCUGCAUUCGCAUUCCUUGCAUAGUUCACCUGACAACAUUAAACUGACAGCCUUUAAAGAACGUAACAGAAAACUGAGUGUGUGCAAGUGUGUGUGGGGGGGAUUGAUAAUGAAAAAGUGAACAUUUAAUUCCACCUACUUUCAAUGGUCAAUUUCAAGCAGUGAAUGAAAUAAAAAUACACGUGUUUCAUUUAAUUACUCAUUUUCUGUUUUAG